CGAGCGAUUCAUUCACAACCGGCAUCUAAUUCAGAUUCCUUCCACUCCGACUGCCUGCGCUGCCACCCUUUUGCCUUAAACAGCCCCCAUAGUGCCGAAUACAGAGAACUUUGCAGGGUGAAUGGGCAAAUGCGGACCCUGCUUUCUUUUCUGACAGACCAAGGAGGCAUCUGGUAGCCGGGUCUGGGCGACUGAAGGACUGGCACAGGUGUAAAUGGUGCCGCGUCUCGGCUGGUGUAGAAGGGAGGUGUCUGGGAGCAGCUGCCCUUGUUCUGCUCCUUUUAACGCUGGGGUCUCUUUAAUCGCUGCCAGACAGAAGGAAGCUGCCGGCAAACUGAGCGAUCCAUCCCCACAUUGUAUUGGGAGAAUCGGGAUCGGGGAAGCGAUCUGAGCUGAGAGAGAAGCAUUUCCCUGGCACAGAGCGGUUUGCGGAAAGAAGCGAAACUUUAUGGAUGUGCUGCCUGCAGACGAAGUACGAGCUUGCACUUGCCACUAAGUGAGUUUCAGCCAACGUGUUGGGAGAAGUUUUUCUGCGUGACUUUAAGAGCAAACCAGAGGCUGGGAUAGUAAAGUGAAUGAUGUAAUCUAACAGAGAUAUAAAGCUGAUUUUAUUCAACAUCUACACGUUUAAUACCUUUCAAGAUGCCAGCGAAGACACCCAUUUAUCUUAAAACUGCCAACAGCAAAAAGGGGAAAAAAUUCAAACUAAGGGAUAUAUUGUCCCCUGACCUGAUCAGCCCACCUUUAGGGGAUUUCCGUCACACAAUACACAUUGGGAAAGAUGGGCAACAUGAUGUGUUUGGUGACAUUUCUUUCCUUCAAGGAAAUUUUGAGUUGUUGCCUGGCAACCAAGGGAAACCCAGAAACGGACAUUAUCAUGGACACGGUGAAUUUCUGAGGGCAAACAGCACGUGUGAGUCUGUGUUUUCUGAGACAUCCUCGCCUGUACUUAAAAAUGCAAUUUCUCUCCCUACAAUUGGAGGAUCGCAGGCCUUGGUUCUGCCUUUAUUAUCCACAGUGACUUUCAACUCUAAAAGGGAUUCCUUUAGCCCUUCAAGGUUACCCCGGCUGAGCUGUGAGCCUGUGCUAGAGGAAAAACUACUUGAGCAGAGCCAACCAUAUGAAAAUGGACACCAGUUUGAUCAUGAGUGGAAAGUAAGCAAUUCAGCUUCGUGUUCUACAAAUGGAAGGUCAAGCCAUUCUUCCAGCCUCUCAGAACCAUAUAAUGACUGGCAAGCUAGUGACUUGUUUGAAGAUAGCCAUAUUGCAUGUGAAAUAGAGAGCCCAGACAUGAAGCCAGAAGAGCCUCUUUCUGACCUGGCAAGUUCACUCCUCACCCUCCAACUUGACCUUGGCCCAUCUUUGUUGGAUGAGGUGCUUCAUGUAAUGGACAAAGGCAAGGCUUAGACAAUCAGGCCUUCCACACCUUACAGACAUGGUACAUAUAUAAAGUCUGUUACCCAUAGAUUUGAAUAAUUCAAAUAUUUUAUUGUUUACAUAUCUGCACCGCCGUAUUUCUUUCAUCAUCAGUAUAUAUACUAAAGAUUUCCUUUUCAAUCUUGGUAUUUGUGAGACACUUUAGAUACUUGUCUACUCUUUCAUAGUUUUUUUUUAUGUACGGAAAGAAUGAACUCUGAAGAAGAAAUGUAUAGUAAUAUAUUCCUUUGUUUGCAAGAAGGGAAGAGAAUGUAGACAGAUAAAUAUAUAGACCCAUGGUCCUCUCACUGUUGUUGAAUUACAGCACUAAGUAUCAUUACUUAUACAUUACGUGUGCCAUAUCAUCAGCUUCUGCUGCAUGCAUCAGAAAGUCUUUGGAUGGACCAGGAAUCACCAUGCUGCCAUGUUACAGCUCACAGAGUUUGCCUGGAGCCCCAUAGACUUUAUGUCCUGGUCCCAGUAUAUAUAUUUUAGCCAUUAAAGUUCUGCUACGCAGCACAUAACUAAAUUAUUUUCAUUUAAAUAUCCUUUAUGUGCCUUUGUAUUUUUACAACAAAGCUUGUAUUUUAUAGAUAUCCCAUCACCAUUUUUUUAUCGCUUUCACAUUUUUCAUCGCAGGUUCAAUGUAUAUUUUUGUGACAGUUUGAGAAAAUAUGUAUUAUACUUUUUUUCUUAUCUAUGUCCUACAGAUGUAUGAGGCAAUAUAUGUUUCAUAUGUAAGCAAAGCACUGGUUUCUCAUAUUGUUAAAUAAAAUAAUUGAUGCUAAAGCA